CAACUUUUAACAAGCCAAAAUGCAAUAUUUACUAUUAGCAUUUCUUUUGGUUGAGACGGUAGUGUCUGUUCAAAAACUUCAAGAACAUUUUGCGUGGAACCAAAUAGAUUAUAACUUUCCCAACGAGGCUAUCCGAAGAAAUGCUUUGCUUACUGGUAGAUUCAAACCACAAAAUAAUUUACCAGUCGGAAUUGAAAUUUGGCAAGAUAAAAUGUUUAUUUCAGUUCCUAGGUGGAAAGAAGGAAUACCUUCAACUUUGAACUACAUCGAUUUAAAUAGUCCGGAGAAGAAUCCAAAAUUAACUCCAUAUCCAAAUUGGGCAUCGAAUGAAUUAGGUAACUGCGAAAAAGGCCUUAGCACAGUAUACCGAAUGAAAGCUGACGAAUGUGACAGACUUUGGGUACUAGAUACAGGUACUUUUGGUAUUGGAAAUACGACUCAAAAUCCUUGUCCGUACGCUUUGAACAUUUUCGAUUUAAGAACGAAUCAAAGAAUAAGAAGGUACGAAUUUAAACCUGAAGAUACCAAUCGAAAUACUUUCAUUGCUAAUAUCGCUGUGGAGCUAGGAUCCACUUGCGAGGAUAGUCAUGCUUACUUCAGCGAUGAAUUAGGUUAUGGCCUCAUUGUUUACUCAUUCAAAGAUAAUAAAUCGUGGAGAUUCUCUCAUAGUUUUUUCAUGCCUGAUCCAUUAAGAGGCGACUUCAAUAUUGACGGUCUGAACUUCCAAUGGGGCGAAGAGGGAAUAUUCGGAAUGAGCUUGUCACCUCGAACUGAACUCGGUUACAGAUUAUUAUAUUUCAGUCCUUUGGCUUCUCACAGAGAAUUCGUUGUUUCCACACAAACUCUGCAAAAUAGUUCGAAAGUAGAGGAUAGUUGGAAGGAAUUCUUCGCGUUGGAUGAAAGAGGACCGGAUUCUCAUACUACUUCUAGGGUUAUGGAUGAUAACGGCGUGCAGUUUUUCAAUCUUAUCGAUCAGAAUGCUGUCGGUUGUUGGAACUCGAAAACGCAAUACAAUAAUAAAAAUCACGGUAUCGUGGAUAAGGAUAACGUCAAAUUGAUAUUUCCUUCAGAUGUUAAAGUCGACAGAAACAAUAAUUUAUGGGUCAUGUCAGAUAGAAUGUCUAAUUUCUUGAUGUCAUCUUUGGAUUAUAGUGAGAUUAAUUUCAGAGUAUUUUUCGCUCCAAUCGAUGUUUUAAUAAAAGAUACUGUGUGUGAAGUUCCCAAUUAUGAACCUGUUUUUUACAGCCAAAAUAACCAAUAUUUUUCGAAAGUUCCCUUACAAAAAUAUUAUAAUGUGUUUGGCCAUAACUUAUAUUAACUAUUAUAAAUGAUUGUAAAUUAUUGAAAAUGACAUAAAUAUAUUUAAUGAAA